AUGAUUAUUUUCAACGAUAUUUUCUCUAACGACGAAUUGUUGUCUGAUGCUUAUGAUGCUAAACUAGUUGACGGUGUCAUCUACGAAGCUGACUGUGACAUGGUCAGAGUUGGUGGUGACAACAUCGACAUUGGUGCUAAUCCAUCUGCUGAAGCUGGUGAUGACGAUGUUGAAGAUGGUUCCGAAGUCGUCAACAACGUUGUUCACUCUUUCCGUUUGCAACCAACUGCUUUCGACAAGAAAUCUUUCUUGACCUACAUCAAGGGUUACAUGAAGGCUGUCAAGGCUAAGUUGCAAGAAAGCAACCCAGAUGAAAUCCCAACUUUCGAAAAGGGUGCUCAAACCUACGUCAAGAAGGUCAUUGGUUCUUUCAAGGACUGGGAAUUCUUCACUGGUGAAUCCAUGGACCCAGAUGCCAUGGUCGUCAUGUUGAACUACCGUGAAGAUGGUACUACUCCAUACGUUGCCAUCUGGAAGCACGGUAUUAGGGAAGAAAAGAUCUAA